AGGAGCGAGGGGUGUGCUCAAGAACGGUUUUCGAGAAGAGAGCCAAGAGUGAGGGAUGGGACGGGCGAGGGCAUGAGUGAAAGGUACGCGAAGAAUUACUAGAAAACCGCGCUUGGUGGGCGAGCUGAGGGUGGGGGAGGUGAGUGGUGGUCGCAGAGCCUCGGCACCCCGAGGUCGCAGAGUGGCAGCAGCAGCGGUUAGAGCAGCAGCAGCAAGCAGGACGGAGUUAGGACCGCUCGGAGCGUCCAGGUCUCGAGGUAGUAUAAGGUUUGCAAUCCUUCCACUUGCUGGCAGUUGCAGAAGAUCUGCUUUUAAGUGAAACGUACAUGCCACCCUUCCGAGGGCUGCAGCUUUCCCCGGCUUGCUUCUUUCUUUCUUCGGCCCUCGCGCUCACUCUUUAAUUCGUACGCGCCACUAAGUUUGCAGAGAGCUCGCUGCCGGCUCGGAGUCGGGUCCGGCCAGGCGCCGCGGGCGGGGGCGGGGAGCCUGGGAACCGCAAUCCAGAAGCAUCGUGGGCCAUGUAUAUUUCAUCAACUGGACUUCGGGUGCGUCGCGUCUCGCAGCCAUCAGCGCUAUGUGCAGUGACAUUUCUGACUUGAGUGGAGGAAUGCGCGAAGAAAGCUCGGGCGAAAUUGGUACUGGAGGAUCUUCUUGGCGCCAAUGCUAAUUGUCCUGAUUUAUGUCCCUUCUGACUAAGCUCAACGUCUUCAUCCGAAAUAAAAUGAAAGCUGUGCCAAGCGGGGUAGAACCGCCGGGCUGCUGGUUCUGAUCCCCGGGAAUCAGGAAAUCGUCCUGCAGCUUAAAAAUUGGAAAAAAAAAAAGGGGGGGGGGAUUGAGAAAAAAUAGAAAUAGGGGGGAAAAAAACACCUCAGUAAAAGUUUAAGGCGAGAAGUGGCAGAGGCAGUGGCGCGAGGAGGCGCGGAGGAGAGUCGGCAAGCGGUGGACUGGGCUGGCAAGACCUCCCAAAGGCUGAGAUUUCAUUAUUAAUAUCACUAUAUUUUUGGAGGGAGAGGCACCUUUCUCAUCCUCUCUUCCUCUCCGCCCACCUCUAUUCCCUCCCCCUCAUCUACCUGUCAAAGUCACUGAUCUUUUGCAUUUCGGAAGAGGACGUCAACGGGAAGGAAUUCCCCCUCUCGGCCAGGGCUCCGAGAGGGGGCGACGCGCAGGAGGCUCCCCCCGAGGGCCAAAGGCGAAGGGUGUUGCUGCCAGAAGAAAAGAAUGAUUGAUGGGAAGCAGACACCGGGGUAUAGACGCUCAUCCUUUUGCUUCAGAUACUGAUACCUCAGUGCAUCUGAGCAUCGCUUGUGAUCUGUGAGCAUCGAGGAUCACCCAGGAUAUCGGAUGUACACCAGGAGAGCCAUCACUUUGCUAAAUCAUUAUCUGCUACUGGACAUCUUUUACAAAAACCAAACUAGGCCCAAGUGUAAUAGAUACGUUCUGGGACAAUGAAAAAGCUGCAAGUCAUUAAUGCCUAACGCACAAGUAUGCUAGGCUUCUGCCAAAGUCCUCAGUAUCCCUGAACACGCGCAAUAUCCAAACUGUCCACUUUUAGUUUCAAAAUCUACUUUGAGAUCGCAUCUUCUUCCUUUUUUUUUUUAAAUAUACAGACCUACCUACGAAUAGACAUACAUGCAUAUGUAAAGUAGACUGAUACCACAGAAAAGCAAACCCUGCUUUAGUUACCACGAAGACUGCCAAGAAUUUAGAGAUGUAUUUGUCAAGAUUCCUGUCCAUUCAUGCCCUUUGGGUUACAGUGUCCUCAGUGAUGCAGCCCUACCCUUUGGUGUGGGGACAUUAUGAUGUGUGUAAGACUCAGAUUUACACAGAAGAAGGGAAAGUUUGGGAUUACAUGGCCUGUCAGCCGGAAUCCACGGACAUGACAAAAUAUCUGAAAGUGAAACUGGAUCCUCCAGACAUUACCUGCGGAGACCCUCCUGAGACAUUCUGUGCAAUGGGCAACCCCUACAUGUGCAAUAAUGAAUGUGAUGCAAGCACCCCAGAGCUGGCACAUCCACCUGAGCUGAUGUUUGAUUUUGAAGGAAGACAUCCCUCCACAUUUUGGCAGUCUGCUACUUGGAAGGAGUACCCCAAGCCUCUCCAGGUUAACAUCACUCUGUCUUGGAGCAAAACUAUUGAGCUCACAGACAACAUAGUUAUUACCUUUGAGUCGGGGCGUCCAGACCAAAUGAUCCUGGAGAAAUCUCUUGACUAUGGACGAACAUGGCAGCCCUAUCAGUAUUAUGCCACAGACUGCUUAGAUGCUUUUCACAUGGAUCCUAAAUCCGUGAAGGAUUUAUCACAGCAUACGGUCUUAGAAAUCAUUUGCACCGAAGAGUACUCCACGGGGUAUAUGACAAAUAGCAAAAUAAUCCACUUUGAGAUCAAAGACAGGUUUGCAUUUUUUGCGGGACCUUGGCUACGCAAUAUGGCUUCCCUCUACGGACAGCUGGAUACAACCAAGAAACUCAGAGAUUUCUUUACAGUCACAGACCUGAGGAUAAGGCUUUUGAGACCAGCGGUCGGGGAAAUAUUUGUAGAUGAGCUACACCUGGCACGCUACUUUUACGCGAUCUCAGACAUAAAGGUGCAUGGAAGGUGCAAAUGUAAUCUCCAUGCCACCGUGUGUGUGUAUGACAACAGCAAACUGACCUGUGAAUGUGAGCACAACACCACAGGUCCAGACUGUGGGAAAUGCAAGAAGAAUUACCAGGGCCGGCCUUGGAGUCCAGGCUCGUAUCUCCCCAUCCCCAAAGGCACUGCAAAUACCUGUAUCCCGAGUAUUUCCAGUAUUGGUACGAAUGUCUGCGACAAUGAGCUCCUGCACUGCCAGAACGGAGGGACGUGCCACAACAACGUGCGCUGCCUGUGCCCGGCCGCGUACACGGGCAUCCUGUGCGAGAAGCUGCGGUGCGAGGAGGCGGGCAGCUGCAGCUCCGACUCGGGCCAGGGGGCGCCCCCGCGCGGCUGCCCCGCGCUACUGCUGCUGCUGCUGCUGCUGCCGCUGCCGCCUGCUCUGCUGGGGACGGCCGGCCCCUUGGGGAUGUAGGCGGCGCAUCCAGCCACCUGACGGGCCGGGCCGUGCGCGGUGGGGAAGCAAACACAACCCCAGCAUUUGCUACUAACAUAGGAAACCCACCCUCAGACACCCCCACUCAAACACAGUGUACAAACGAAGAAGGCCUGACUGAACUAAGCCAUAUUUAUCAGCCGUGGACAGCACACCCGAGUCAAGACGGUUCAUAUCUGACCCUAGAGGAGCUGGCAGCUGUUGAUAAUAUCACUGAAAAUCACAUUGCCAGCUGCAGAGCGCAUCACCGACUGGAAAGGCUGAGACAGCCCCCAAACGGGAAAGACAAAACAGCAACCACCGACAAGAAGGCAACCAACCUAAAAACAUUCGCUCCUCUCACGUGGUGCGCCCCAGCUCCGCCCGGCCCGCGUGUGGACCAACCAAACGGAAGCCUUCUUUGCUGGCAGUGCAACGUGGGUCUAAGGAAGUCUGUUUCAAGCUGCCAUAUUGGCCUGCUUCAGUCCCUGAAUCCCUUCCAACCUGUGCUUUAGUGAACGUUGCUCUGUAACCCUUGUUGGUUGAAAGAUUUCUUUGUCUGAUGUUAGUAAUGCACAUGUGUAACAGCCCCCUCCAAAAGCUCAAGCCAGUCAUACCCCAUGUAUCUUAGCAGCGCUGAGACGUCCCAGUGCGAGCACACAUCCACUGUCCAAGAGUGGCUAUAGGAAAAAAGAAAGUGUAUCUAUCCUUUUGUAUUCAAAUGAAGUUAUUUUUCUUGAAAUACUGUAAUAUGUAGAUUUUUUGUAUUCUUGCCAAUUUGUGUUACCAGACAAUCUGUUGAUGUAUCUAAUUCGAAUCAGCAAAGACUGACGUUUUAUUUUGUCCUCUUCCAUUCUGUUUUUGUUUCACUGUGCAGAGAUUUCUCUGUAAGGGCAACGAACUUGCUGGCAUCAAAGAAUAUAAGUUUACAUAUAUAACACGUGUAAUAAGAUUCCACCAAAGGACAUUCUAAGUGUUUUCUUGUUGCUUUAACACUGGAAGAUUUAAAGAAUAAAAAUUCCUGCAUAAACGAUUUCAGGAAUUUGUAUUGCAGUUUCUUAAGAUGAAAGGAGCAGCCACCAAGCAGAUUCACACUCACUUUACUGAUUUCUGUGUGGACUGAAUACACUCAGCUGACGAAUUUAGUGCCCAGGAAGAUGGAUUGAUGUUCACUAGCUUGGACAACUUCUGCAAAAUAUGGGACUAUUUCCACUUGGGAAAAAUUAUAACAGCAAAAAAAAAAAAAUUAAGUGAUUGCCAAGAUUAUGCCAAAGCCUGUUGGCAGAGUACUAAGAGACUUUUAUUUUUAAGUCAUGCUGUUUUCACAGAUUGAUGUGAUCGUGUGACUCUAGAGAUGCUGAUCUAUGUAUCUUUCCACUUACAGUGUUUACAUGGAGUAUCCUAAGAAGCAACCUGGGGAACCAGGAAAGUCGCAGGGAAACUGAGUGAUUAGCAAUUUGACUUUGAAUAUAUUCAGACUAAGUAUUUAUAGGAAAUAUCAAAAUAUACAGCAGCAAGUAGACAUAACUGCUGCUCCUGAGAAUAAAGUUUGUUUUAAGUACC